AUGGAGGGUUUCAAAGGCGACAAUUCAACAAGUGGAAGCCCAGCGGUUCCGAGAGAGUUUCGAACGAAAGGGCGCCGGAUUCGUCGAUGUCGCAUAUGCAAGCGCUUUAUGGACUAUGAAGUUCUCAUCGUUCAUAUGAAGAAAUUUCAUGGUAUCGACAUCACCACCGAAAUGAACAAAUUAGUGCUUCCAAAACGGCUAGUACCUCAGUGUGAAGUGGAAGGAUGUGGUUACGUCGCUCGAACUCCUGCCGCUUACUAUAAACACAUGAGAAAUAAGCAUCCAGUAAAAGAGAAAAUUGGGAACUGUACCACAAGAUGUCCGCUAUGCCAAGCACCGUUUAGCGAUCCAGAAGAUCUCGUUGAACACUGUCGAACGGAACAUGGAGACGAAAACUGUGUAGUGGAGAUGCGUACGUUCCAGAACGUCGAAGAAUGU